UGCCGUGGCAGCACCUGGAUGCUCAAGCUGUACGCCAUGCUCCUGUCCCUCAUCUUCCUCAUCGUCCUGGUGGCUGCCGUCGUGGGGUUCGUCUUCAGGCACGAGAUUAAGACAAACUUUGAGAGCAACCUCAACCUGGCCUUGAGGGACUACAACGUGACCGCGGAUCGGCACAGCGAGGCCGUUGACACCAUCCAGAGAACCCUGCACUGCUGUGGGGUGCAGAACUACUCGGACUGGGAGAGGACUGAGUACUUCACCCAGAGGGGCAUUCCCCAGAGCUGCUGCAAAAGCCAGGAUGACUGCUCAGAGGAAGAUCUGAAAGACCCGGACAAAGCCAAGCUGAAAGGUUGUUUCUUCCUGGUAACAUCAACGAUGGAGUCAAAAAUGAGUGUUGUGGCUGGAAUCUCCUUUGGCAUUGCCUGCUUCCAGUUGAUUGGCAUUGUUCUUGCCUGCUGCCUGUCCCAGUACAUCACAAACAACCAGUACGAGAUGGUGUAG